CAAACCAGUUGUGAAGAAGUGCUCGAAGAGGACACUCCUCGCCUGUUGUUCCGCUCAUUCAUUCGCUCACCAUUGUGCAUCACUGGUUUGAUAAACAAUAGACGAGUUGUUCCAUGUGAUUUCUCCAGCCCAGAGGUGCGCUUCUUCUGUGGCCGCCAUUCCCACGGAUUUUGAAGUGGCAGGAAAUGUGGAAAAUAUUAAUUCACAAAUAAUAAUCGCGUUUGGGAAUGGCGUAAUUGAGCGGAAGAGGGUGGUUUUUUCAUGUGAGUGUGUGUGUUUGGGGGGGAGGAAGAUCGUGUUGUUCACAGGUAUCUCUGCUCCGGAAACGAGAAACAACCCCUUCGAAAGACUUACAUUUGGCCAGUUGGUUAUUGUCAAACGAAGUAUAAGCUCUUGGUUCUUUCUAAAUAAGUGAGACAACCAUCCGGUAACUUCUACGCGAUAUCGAUGAUGAAUGUUUGACAGGCGGCUGGUCUAACGUGAAAAAAGGUGACAAGAAUUAUUAUUGAGAAGAGUUUGGCAAAUUUCCCUCGUGUUGUGAUGCCGAUCAGGGGACAGAAGCACCUUUAAUUGUGGAAACAUACUUGUUUUGUUUCACUACGUGAUUGUGUUUUCCCUCUCUUGUCUUGACAUUAUGAAGGGCUUGUGAAAAAAAUUACAUGAGAGUCUGAACUUGGCAAAAAGACACAAUAAAACAUGUAUCCAACAGCCUAUUACACAUACACGCCAAGUCGACUACGAAAAGCUGAGCGAAUGUUCUUGGCUAAACAUCAAGGUAUGAAAUCUGCCGACUUGCUUUGCUAUCCCAACCUACGUGAAGUGGCAUUGUCCGGUGAUCGCUACCAUCAACUCGUUAGUGAAUUCGGAGACCCCUCAGUGGACAGAUAUCCUUCAGUGCCACCCAUGGUCAAUGGUUCACAACAUGUUCGGGGACGUCAGUGGUCCCCCCAGCGUGGUUACUUCAAGUCUCCAAGGUUCAUUCAGGCAGACCCGAAGGACCGGAAGGCCUCCACCAUGGAUAGUGAUAAAAAGCGAUUGUUCUUGGAACGCAUGAGGGCUAAUCCGUUUCAUAAUAUUGUCCCACCACCCUCUGGGUACCCAAACCAACAGUGUAUUUCGCCCAAUUCUCUGAACCGUCGCAGGCUUCCCCAUGUUGGAAGCGAUUUUGGUGGGGAUGAUCACCCGCGGUCAAAGAUCCGCAACAGUGAGAGCUUCUACAGGAAAGAAGGCCAACACCACGCUCACCCGCCUCCUCCUCCUCCUCCUACCGUUCAAUGUCAGACCCACUUUGAUCUUUACUCUGGGAAUGGAUUUCGGAGCUUGAGUAACGAUUCCAGACAAAGAAACCACUUGUUUGGGGACGGCAUGGACGAUGAUCAUCCGCCUCUGCAAAUGUUCAGUAUUGACGGUGUUUCCACUCAAGUAAUAAAGCGCAGAUCCAAGAGCAAUCAUAACGAGGGCUCCAGGGACUUCAUUGAUACCUGCGAUGAAGAUCUCUACCCUCAGGGCGAAAGCGUAACCACUGGGGUUGAGAGCCCCUUUUCGUUGUCCACGCCAGAUUUUGGGGCCAAAUUGGAGUCCAGUGGCAAGCUGGCUGUCCCAAAAAUUAAAGCAGACCCUAGUCAAAAUCCCACCACGAAGCAAUCCUCGGCAGCAUUAUCUAAAACCAAAUUGGGCGGCCAGCCUCAUAGUUCCUACUCGUCCUUGAGAAACAAAAUCAAAUCCGUUCAAGAGCGUUACAAGAAAUCAUCGGUCACCGACAGGAUCAGAGCCAAGUUUGGGACGACCAAGGGAUCAAAUAGUCCUUUGAACAUAUCUGGUCCAAUUCACUUAAGUGAGCCUAUGGCGACAUCAAAGUUUCGGAGCCACUCCCAUGGUGCAUUGAAUAACCUCGAAAAUUUCGAUCUGAAAAUCCAGGAAGCGGCUAGGGAGAUACAGAAUGCAGAAAAACAUUGGUCAGCCGAGCUCGACAGUGAAGCCCACACCAUAUCCUCAUCUUCUGAGGAGAACGUCAACAGCAAGUGCGACGAGGCCAGGUCGGAUGUCACCGAAGUGACCAUCGAGAGUCCUCCAAAAACAGAGAGUGGACCAAGCACCCCCAGAAUGACCGCCACCCAACGGAAAGCUCUGAGGCAAAACGAUUUCGACCAGGAUUCGGGGAUCAUCAAUGAAGUCGCUUCUGACUCCCUCUCCAGCGGUUCCGACUCGGGUUUCUACCACACCAACAAUCAUGAAUGUGACAAGUCUGCGGCAGGGAGCAGCAGUCCCCGAUAUUCUGUCUGCUCCUCCAGGUGUUCCGAACGGAGUAGCAAGAGCGGCCGUCUUAGCCUGGAAAAGGACUUUGAUCACUCCAGUGUCAAUUCCGUGGCAUCCUCCACCCUCAAAAGAGUCGCCAAUCAAGCCACGGAAACGGAACAAACCACCCUGAAGCGAUCCGGCAAACUUGGCGCUCUCCAAACCAGUCUUCUGUCAGCUGAUCCCGCGGAAAGAAGUUCAAGAAAUGAGCUGAUUGCGAGGCGACACAGUCGCGCCUCUUCAGUGGAUCGAAGGGAAAUCUUCCGGAAAUAUAUCAAUAACUCAAAUGAACACUCCAUGGACAUCUGCCCUUAUGUCAACGAGGAUCCCGAGCUAAUCCACGAGCUUGAAGGGAAAGUAGAUGACCAGGACUCUAAGGAUUUGGCACCUAGCUACACCAGGGAUCCCAAAUCGUCCCCUUCCUUGCCUAAAUGCAAUGCUAAAGCCCUUGAAAAAGAGUUCCGGCUGAUUCGACUGAAAAAUCGUCACCAAGCGGAUUUAGGUAUCUUCAUAGCCCGAUGCCAACAACCCGACAUUGGAUUUCCUGGAUACUACGUGGCCUUCAUCCUCCCCCGAGGUUUCGUUCAAAGGGAUGGACGCCUUUUGAUCGGUGAUGAAAUUGUCAAUGUAAACGGGAGGAGGCUCCGGGGCCUCACCAUGAUAGAGGCCAAGGCCAUCCUAAGAAAUUGCUCUUGCUUGCGAGACAUUGACAUUGUGGUGGCCCGACAGUCCGCGGAUCCGGCUGUGCCUCGUGCAAUUACUAUUCAUGAUCAACCUUUGAGCUUGUUGGCCCAUCAUGACGAGCAGGACCUAAUCAACCUAAGCGACAUGCCCCUGCGUCCGGGGUCGUCGGUCGAGGAGGACAUCACUCACAUCAAGCCCACAAUCAUCCAUAUUGGCCCCGGAGGAGAGGAGACUCCCCAAAUGUCCCUGAACGGAGCCUACCAAAAGCACCGUAAACUCCCGAAGAUGCCUCCGCCCUCUUCUAGAAGGAUGGAAGAGGUCUCUAUGGAGUCCUCGCAGUUCUGCACCCUCCCCCGGAAACCCAAACACAAGGGGCGUCCCUUGGGUGGAGGCGGAGACGCGUUGCCACCCACUGUGAUAACCUCCGGACACGCCACGUUUCACGCCGUGGUCUUUGAGAAAGGACCCGGGAAGAAGAGCUUAGGCUUCAGUAUCGUGGGUGGACGGGACUCGCCCAAAGGGAUCAUGGGCAUCUUUGUCAAGACCAUUUUGCCCAGCGGUCAAGCGGCCGAGGAUGGCCGCUUAUUCGAAGGUGAUGAGAUCUUGGCUGUUAAUGGUGAUAUCCUCCACGGAAUGAGUCACGAAGAGGCCAUCGCCAUUUUCAAGCGCAUUCGCAGAGGACCCGUCGUUCUUCAAAUUGGAAGACGAGCCAAUCUGAAAACCAUCAAUAAAAGCGGGAGGUCAACCCCCAAGUCUCGAUCAUGCGAUGACCUUUUGGAUUCUGCGGCAACUGAAGAAUAAUAUUCAUGAUGAUAAUUCAUGAAUAAUUUUUUAAUCUCACUUCCCCAUUGUACUCUGAGCUAUAUAGUAGAGUGAUUAUGAUGACUUGUCUGUAUUGUUCUUGAUUUGCAUGUUAGAAAAAUAAACCCUCCCUCUUCUCGUG